GGAGCGUGGAACCGCGCCCGCCCGCCCUGAGGCCGCUCCGCCCCGCCCGGGGCCGCCGCCGAUCGCGCACUCGAGCCGCCGCCGCCGCCGCCGCGGUGGACGCGCUGGGCCUGGGCUGAGAGGCCGCCGCCAUGCCGCAGUCCAAGUCCCGGAAGAUCGCCAUCCUGGGCUACCGCUCCGUGGGCAAGUCCUCGCUGACUAUUCAGUUUGUGGAGGGCCAGUUUGUGGACUCCUACGACCCCACCAUCGAGAACACGUUCACGAAGCUGAUCACGGUCAACGGGCAGGAGUAUCACCUCCAGCUGGUGGACACAGCUGGGCAGGACGAGUACUCCAUCUUCCCGCAGACCUAUUCCAUCGACAUCAACGGCUACAUCCUGGUGUACUCCGUCACGUCCAUCAAGAGUUUUGAAGUGAUCAAAGUCAUCCACGGGAAGCUGCUGGACAUGGUGGGGAAAGUGCAAAUACCGAUCAUGCUGGUCGGGAAUAAGAAAGACCUGCACAUGGAGAGGGUCAUCAGCUACGAGGAGGGGAAGGCACUGGCAGAGUCAUGGAACGCCGCCUUCCUGGAAUCUUCUGCGAAAGAAAACCAGACCGCUGUCGAUGUCUUCCGAAGGAUAAUUUUGGAGGCAGAGAAAAUGGACGGGGCUGCUUCGCAAGGGAAGUCAUCCUGCUCCAUGAUGUGACCGCCCCCCCCGCCCCGGGGACCCCAGACCGCGGCAGCUCCCCCCCCCCCCCCCGAUUAUGUUCCACUCUGACUCUGUCCAAAUGAGUCCACUUCCAUUUUCAAAUUUUAAGCAAUCAUAUUUUCAAUUUAUAUAUUGUAUUUCUUAAUAUUAUGACCAAGAGUUUUACGGCAUUAAUUUCUUAGUGUACUUUGUUGUUUCGAUAAUGUAACCACGCAGGUGAAACACUGUCCACUCCUAGCUAGGCUGCCCUCAGUACUGACUCCAUUGUGCUGCUGUAUACUUGUAAAUAAAAUGCUGCAGACCUUA